AAGCUAUCUGUAAUGUGAUUGGUGGACACAAUUUGUUUGAGCCUCAGAUUAGAGAUUUCUACAUUUUCAGACAAGACCAAAACAACGUGACAACAACUCUCUCUCCCUCUCACUCACUGCUUUCGUACCAUUCCACGUGGCACUGAAAGAACCUCCUCUGCCAUGGCUAUCAACGCAAGCUCCUCUUCUGCUUAUCUUCUCCAAAAUAUCGACCAUCACACCAACAAAAACUUAUUCCUCUCUUCCAGAACUCGCCAUGGUUAUGGCUACGCUACCUAUUCCUCAAGGACAUCUACAAUCGUCGCUAUGGCACCCAAACAGAAGGUGAACAAGUACGAUGAUAACUGGAAGAAGCAGUGGUUCGGAGCUGGAAUCUUCUACGAAGGAUCGGAGCAGGUGGACGUAGAUGUGUUUAAGAAGCUGGAGAAGAGGAAGGUUCUGAGCAACGUGGAAAAGGCUGGGUUACUUUCCAAGGCAGAAGAUCUUGGUUUAACGCUUUCUUCCAUUGAAAAAUUGGGGGUUUUCUCUAAGGCGGAGGAGCUAGGACUGCUCAGCUUGUUGGAAAAAGUUGCCAGCUCCUCGCCCUCUGCUUUGGCCUCGGCGGCGCUGCCAAUUCUGGUGGCGGCGAUAGUGACGAUUGUUUUGAUUCCCGAUGACUCCGCCGGAUUAGUUGCGCUUCAGGCAGUGAUUGCCGGCUCGCUUGGUGUUGGCGCCGCUGGUUUGUUUGUCGGUUCAGUUGUCUUGGGUGGCUUGCAGGAAGCCGAUUGAUUUUUAUUUUUAUUUUUUGUAAAAGAAAUAAAUAAAAUUAGAGAGAGGGACCAUAAUUGUGUAUGAAAUUGAAAUUCGCUUAUAUUAGAUUUUUCACGGAGAAUU